AUGACCGUUCCCGAGGGAAAGUACGACCUAUCGCUCGAUGUCCAAGAUCGGCUCAUCAGGGCUGCGUUUGAAGGGAGAGACCACGCCUACAGCAGCCCAGGACACCCGCCUUUCCGAGUCGGCGCAGCCUUGCUCACAGCAGACAACCUCGUCAUCAAGGGCGCGAGUGUGGAUUCCGUGACCUCUGGCGAGUGCCCGUAG